AUGUUCACCCUUCCACAGGGUUCUGGAAAAGCCGUUGAGGGGCAAAGCGACGGCAAUCCGAUUCUGUUGGAAGAUGUCUCCAAUGUCGACUUUGAGCGGCUGCUGUCGCUAUUCUAUUCAGAAUGCCCUGGCGACGGUGAUCUCCACACCGUUGAAGAAUGGGCGUCGGUCCUCAAUCUUGCCACCAAGUGGGAGUUUGUGGUCCUUCGCGACCUCGCUAUUGCACGUCUGUCGCAGCUCGCGUCUCCCGUUGAACGCAUUCUGCUGGCACGAUCCUACGAUGUCAGCCAAUGGAUCGCACCCGCUUAUUUCGAAUUAUGCAAGCGCGACGAGCCUUUGACGCUUGGGGAAGGCGAGCGUUUGGGCAUGAAGGAUGUGAUAUUGCUAUCGGAGAUCCGUCAAAGCAUCCGAGGGAACUUCAGGGUUACCAUACAGGACAGAAAUAUUGCUGCUCUCAUUGAGAAAAAAAUUGUAUAG